AUGGUCAAACCCAAAAAGGAAACUAAAAAAUACAAUGAGCAGAGUUAUUAUUGGGGAUAUAUAUCAGAAGCGGAAGCGGAACAAGGUCUCAAAGGUUGUGAAGCCGGAAGAUUUCUGGUUCGAUCACAUUAUAGCAGUCAAGCAACGUCGGUUUGGUUGUGUUUUGUGUCGAUUGUGAGAGAGAAACCGAAAGUUGUUCAUCGAGCAAUUACGCCAAUUGGCAAGCAAUUCGUAUUGGAUGGGAAACAGGUGAGUAAAGCCGGAAAGACGAGCCACAACUUCAUCUUCUGGCCCAGAAGAUAAUUUUUCAAAAUUAUGAUUUUGAAAAAUUCGUGGCUUUGGCCGAAUUUUCAACAUUUCUCGGUGAUUUCCAUGAUGAGUUAGCCUAACUUUUUUCAAUUUUUACAGAAUUUUUUAAUCGAUUUUUUCAAUUUUUCCGCAAUCCCUCCCCAAAAAACUCACCAAUCGCUUCUAUUUCUCAAAUCACACAGAAAUCCUCCAAGUUUUCCACGUUAUUGAUAGUGAAAUCCAAUUGCCCAUCAAUAUUUCGAGCUGAAAACUCAAAAAUUUCAAUCGAAACAAUGUUUGUCUAGAAAAAACCCACCUUUCUUCGAUAAUUCUCAGAUUUUCCAUUGGAAGCGAUAAUUGCAGACUUGUAGAACAUCUAAAAAUUCAAUUUUUGACUGAAAUCCACUGCUUUUCCCCGGAAACCUGAAAACCCAGCGAAAAAAAGGAAAAAUGAAAAUACUUUGCGCUAAACAGCGGGCAAGCGGAGUGUCGUUGUAAAAAUCAAACAAAUUAAUUUUCCAUUUUUUGUCAACUCUGCCCGAAAAGUCUCUUCAAAAAAUCCCGGGGGUUCCCGUUACACUUUUCCCGGGAAGUACUGUAGGGUUUGUGCGUAAUGUUUGCUGUUUAGUGCAUUUAGUUGUUUUCAGCGUGUUUGCGGAUUUUUUUCAAGGCAUAUUUUUUUCUUUGAAGGUUGGGAUCUUUUUUUCGGCUCUCUUUUUCGUAAUGAAUUGAUGAAAACGCUUGAAAACUGCAUUGUUCAAUUCUGAAUAUUAGUUAUGACGUGUGAACUCUUAUUAAACAUUUUUCAGGAUAAAUGCAGCGCGAUUCAUGAAGUAGUAUGUUUCUAUCAAGACCAUGUUAUUGGAAACGGUCAUAAAUUGGCAAAAGGAGUGCCUCGACCAACUUGGUUUCUCCGAAAUUGCCACAUCAAAGUCGAACAAAAUGCAACAGUUCUCGGAGGCGGCAACUUCAGUACAGUUGUCAUGGGAAAAUAUCGAAAUCAAGAUGUCGCUGUCAAAAAAUUGAUAUCUUCGGAAGACAAAAUUUUGAAGGAAAAAGAGGAUUUGAUGAAGGAAGCAAGAACAAUGGCAUUAUUGAAACAUCCGUAUAUUAUUAAAUUUCACGGUGUUUCAAUUGACACAAUGCCACCAAUGAUUUUGAUGGAAUUGAUGGCUGGUGGAUUAUUGUCGCAUUUGAAGGAAGAAGGUCCGAAGAUUGAAAAAGGAGAGAAGGUUUUGUAUUGUUGGCAACUUGCUUCAGGUCAGCUCGAACUUGUAAUUUCUUUUUUAUGUGUAUUUUCUUGCAGCUCUCGCUUUUGUCGCCGAAAAGAAAAUGGUUCAUCGUGACAUUGCUGCUCGAAAUUGUCUCUUUAAUGUUUAUGGAAUUCUCAAACUCACUGAUUUCGGAUUAUCCGACACUGAAACCAAUUUAAUUGCAUAUUGCACAUCAAAUGAUCAAAUGCCAGUUCGAUGGAUGGCACCAGAAGCAACGUUGCCGACAGCCACUUUUAAUGAAAAAACCGAUGUUUGGUCAUUUGCCGUUGUUUGUGGAGAGAUAUUCGGAAAUGGAACUGAACCAUUGAGCCAUUUUUCAGACAAUAAAGAUAUUAUGGAAGCGUUGUUGAAGGCGAUGAAAAUACCGCCACAGCCCAACGAAUUGCAUCGAAGUUGUCGUAAGUUUUUUUUGUUGAAAAUUUCAAAAAACGAGCUACGCGUCCAACGACUUUUGUGAUAUGAAAAAGAGAGGAUUGCGCAUUUAAAGCUCGAGAAUAAUUCCUUUUCGUUUUUCUAACUUGUUAAUAUAAGCAAUUCGAUAAACUUCUUCGAUUUCUCUCAAAAAAUAUUUUUUCAGCUGAAACACCACCAGAAGUUGCAAUAAAUCAGAAAAAUUGCUGGGAAAUCGAUCAAAAUCUUCGACCAACAUUUUCCGAUCUUGCACAACGAUUCGACAAACUUUUGAAAAACAUGUAUCCUCCGCCACUUCUUGAAGACAUGUCUACGAGUAAAAUGAAAAGAGUCAAACCGUUGACAAUUGCCGAAUAUGAACUUCUCAAUAAAUAUCAUUUGGAUAGUGAAAAUGAUGACUAUUUUGAUGAUGAUGAUGAGGCAAUGUCAACACCGGCGCAACGUAGAAAAAUGAAUCGAAAACAGAAAUGA